UGAAAACGUGGCAUUAUCAACGAGUAACAUGUGUAAUCUGUUGUUGAUACGUGUUGUUGCUUUAUUGUACUGAAUAAGUUCGUUCAUUAAUUUCAAACCAAGUUUGUACAGUCUAUUACAGGAAAUGUAUUAGCAUGAAUACAUAACUUUUUGUUGAAAUCAUAAUGUGUGGAAUUUCCUGCCUUAUUGGUUCUUCUGUGGAAUCAUUUUCAUCUAAGAUUGCUGACUUGCAAUCACAGCUGAAAAGAAGAGGUCCAGAUUGCUGCGCUGAUGUGUCCUUGAAAUCUUGCUCGGUGCAGGCAAUAUUUUUGGGAAGUGUGCUUCAUUUCAGAGGCAGUUUAACUCCACAGCCGCUGCAAGAUUCCGCUAAUAAUAUCCUCCUAUGGAAUGGUGAAAUAUUUGGUGGAAUUGAGAUACAAAGUCAUGAAAAUGAUGGCCAGGUUCUUUUAACUUUACUGCAGCAGUGUUCAUCUGAUACGGAAGUCACCAGACUGUUGUCCCUCAUCCAAGGUCCUUGGUCUUUAAUCUAUUGGCAGGCAACCAAACAAUGUUUGUGGUUUGGCCGUGAUGCUAUUGGCAGAAGGAGCUUGCUAUGGGGCUGGGAGAAGAACCAUUUAAUGCUGUCAUCUGUUGCUAGGAGACCUUGGAGCGAUGAAGAUACUGAUUGGUCAGAAGUACCAGCCAAUGGGAUGUACUGUCUGCAAUGCAAACAUUGGCCCAGCUCAGAUGAAGAACGUCUUGAAAUAAAUCUGUUUCCCUGGCAACGUGCUUCAUCAAUCAAUUUCAUAACUAGCCGAGGGGAUGCUGCCUCAGACCACCUAGUUUGUAGAACUGUUAAAGGAAGUGGUAAUGAGAUGAAGACCAUUAGUGACUCCUCAUUGCUCUUAAAUACACCUGUAGCACCAGAAGCAGGUGAGGCAAAUACCUGGGUGAACGUAAUAGAUUCAGAAUUAUCACCUGUCACUCAGGAGAACACUUACCUAAAUGGCGGCGUUUCCAUCACCAUUAGUGAUGUAGGUCUUCGGUGUUGUAUCCCACAUCUAAAUAAAGACUUGCCGACCAAUGAACAUUUAAAGAAACUUGAUUUCUUUAAAGAAUCCAAAAUUCUCUACGCGUCAACCUCUCCAAGCCAAUUUGCUGAACCGCCCCAAGCGUCAGACACAUCCAUCCCGAUUGCAGGGAAGAAAUCUAGAAAGAAAUGUAAACAAAAAAAUUCAAAUGAUGUACCUGCUCAACAAAUUUUACGAUUUUUAGAUGACCUUCUUCAGUCGGAUCCAGACACUAAGGAAGUUGUCAUGAGGUUUAUUCAUCUAUUUGGGGAAGCUGUGCGUAAACGAGUGUACAACGUCCCACGAGAAGAAAAUGCGCAAGACAACGAACAAUCCAAAGACACCAAAUCCAUCCAAUCAUCUAAGCAUUUAAAAGAGCAAAAGAGGGCAGGAGAAAGAAUGUUUGAAAAAGAUAAUGGUGAAGGUGAGAGUGAUGAACAGAAAAAAACCAAUGCAACUAAGGUUAAUAAUAUACCAUAUAAGGAUGUUCUACAAGAUGCAAAUCCAACUAAUGAGGUUACUGAGGCCACAGAGCACUUACUGUCAGGGUUAAAGUUCAAACAACAUCCUGAUUCUUUGAGAAAGGCUAAUGUUGCUGUUUUAUUUUCUGGAGGAAUUGACUCGAUGAUCAUUGCGGCUAUGGCAGAUAGGUAUAAAAUAUUA